AUGACCAGUGUGAAAGAAAUGAUCUACAUUGACGUCAGACAUCCCAACUCACCCAAUCGUCCUCCCACCAACAACACGUACUCCAUCCUCUCGGUUCUACCGGUGUCCAAAGUGCAGCCUUGGGGGAACCAAACCAACAACAAUACAACUCUAACAGGGCUUAACAUGAGAAAGCAGGAGCACAGCUCUCAAACCAGGUUGGGCAUCAAAAUGGCACCACUCAUGAGUCUUCUCUGCUUGUGCUUGGUUGGACAAGUUCUUGGCCAAGACAUGCGCCAUGAGGAAUAUAUGGCCCAGAUCCAAGCCUGCCCCAAAGAGUGUCGCUGCCCCACUAACUUCCCCCGUGCUGUCUAUUGUGACAAUCGAGGCCUGAAGAUCAUCCCCAACAUCCCUCCACACACAUGGUAUCUUUACCUGCAGAACAAUCAUAUCGAAGUCCUGUCAGCACAUGCCCUGCGUAACGCCACACAGCUGCGCUGGUUGAACCUAAACCGCAACAGGAUCAAUAUUAAGGGAGUAGAAGACGGUGUCCUCAGUGCAAUGUCUCACCUGGCACACCUCUACAUGGAUGAGAAUCUCUUGUCCACUGUGCCUUCUCCCCUGCCAGCCAGCCUGGAGCAUCUACGUCUCUCUCGCAAUCGAAUCUCCAGGAUCCCUUCUCGUGUCUUCAUGGGUCUGGAUAAGCUUAACCUCCUGGACCUCCAAGGGAACAAGCUGAUGGAUGAUGAUGUGACUGAGGUGAGCCUGAAGGGUCUAAAGAACCUGGUACAGAUCAAUCUAGCAAAGAACCAGCUGAGUAGCAUGCCUCUUGGCUUACCACCUACCACCACCCAGCUUUUCCUUGAUGGCAACAACAUUGAGAAGAUUCCAGCCAAUUACUUCAAAGAUUUGCCAAAAGUGGCAUUUCUGAGGCUCAACCACAACAAGCUUGGAAGCAGUGGAGUUCCCAAAAAUGUGUUCAAUGUCUCCAGCAUUUUGGACUUGCAGCUGUCCCACAACCAGCUGACCGAGGUUCCCCUCAUUUCCUCAGGCCUUGAACAACUUCACCUCGACCACAACAAUAUCAAAAGUGUAAGUGGCGCCAACGUCUGCCCUGUCGCCAUUGACGCUGUGGACGACUCCGUUAACGAAAGUGUUCCUCGACUGCGCUAUCUCAGACUGGAUGGAAAUACGAUCAAGCCACCAAUUCCAAGAGAUGUCAUUCUGUGCUUCCGAAUGCUGAGGUCCAUUGUCAUCUAA